AUGGUACCACAAUACGAUGACAAUUAUAUUUACAAAUUUUUUACUUUCUGCUAUAUCAACUUUCCAAUUGAAUUAAAAAUCACAAUCCUAAAACACUUAUCCCUUGCACGGAUUCUCUUAUUUAAAUCAUUAAUCAAAGAUGAUGAAACUAAGAAUCUUCAAAUAAGACUGAUUACAACAGAGAAGUUAUAUGAUGUAAUUUGCAAACAUUGUGAAAAGUGUUUCCAAAGUAACUCCUUUUCAGACAUUAUACAUUUGAUCAAAGGUACAGAUAAUAUUAUCCCAAUAGUAUUACGUUCGGAUGAAUCUGCCCAUUAUAAGUUAGGGGAACAGAAUUGCUUUUCAUUUAGUCACCUUGAUGAAUAUUAUGGAAUCGAAAACAAUACAGAAUUCGAAUUGGAUUUUUAUAAUUUGUAUUAUUCUAAAUGUAUGAAUCUAACGGAUUUUCCUUAUCCCAACCGGGUUAGCACUAUAAGUAUAUUAAAGAUAAUAGGUACAGAGACUUUAAUGGAAUUAGAUCUUUCUCCUUUUUCACAGUUGAAGACAUUGCGAUUAAUAUCCAAAAAUAAUAUGUUAAAGUUGGUUUUAUCACCCAACGUAUUUGAGAGUGUAAAUGAAUUAGCAAUUGAUAACAAUUUUGAUAGCGAUUAUUAUACUAAAUUUAAAAAUUUAAAAAUUUUCGAAAUCUUUAUCCAAAAAGGGAGAAAUUUUUAUAUCAAAUCCAUACCAAGAGGAGUAAUUACCUUAACUAUUAUUACCCAAUAUUUAACAAUGACGAAAGAGACAUGGGGUGGCGAAGUUUUACUAGAUUCAUGGAAAGAUUGGCCUCGAAAUUUAAGGCACCUAUCAGUUAAUGAUAUGUACAACUCCAACGGUAUUUUUAAAGAUGUGAUUUCUAAGCUACCUCCACAUUUAUCAACCCUAACCGUUCAUGGGUAUCCCAUUAAUCUGAUUUUAUCCCAAAUUCCCGAUUCAAUAUCUCACUUGAAUGUGAAUUUCAAAGUUCCCACUUGUAAUGUUGAAAAAAUAGACUUUGAUUUUCCGUCAUCUCUUCAACUGUUAACAUUAAAUGGGUUGGUGUUAAAAGCAAUAGAUAAGAUAUAUAAAGUUCCAAGGGGAGUGACAAGCUUCAAUUUAAGCAAUUGUGAGUUUUCUAUGUCAUUAGAUAACUUUAAUUUUGACAAUUGUAAAUCAUGUUUAGAAUGGCUUCAGUUUGAUAAUUGCUUAGAUAGUUUCAGUCUUGUUAACGCAGACUUUAAUGAUUUUACAAAAUUAAAUAAAAUUAUAUUCACUAAAUGUGGGAUUUAUAGUCUAAGUAAUUUUAGACCCCCAUCAUGUUUAAGUUCUUUGAGAAUAUUUAAUAAUCCUAUUACAUCUAUUGAUGAGAGUUGUCAAUUAUUCAACAAAGAAAGAGAUUAUCCUCUAUUGAGGACAAUAUGGAUCAAUGGUUGUCAAAUUUCUUUAAUUUCUUCCAACAUUGAAUUUCCAGUGAAUCUAAAUGAAUUAGUAAUCGUAGAUAAUACUACUAAAGUGUUUUAUUUUAAUUCGUCAAUCGCUAGACAUGUAUCAUUGAAAACAAUACAUUUGUCUAAAUUAUCAAGCAUUGAGUUUUGCGAUGAUAUUGACGAAACUUGUAUGAAAUCAAAUUUCUCGUCGAUGUCACUCAAUGUGACUAAUGACUUUCUUCCUUCACAUCCUGAUUCACUAAAGGUAUUUUACGAUAAAUUAGAAUUGUACGUUAGAAAGACAUUAUACACUCGUGAAUGUGUACCAGAAAACGGGCAUAUAAGUUAUAACUUCCGCAGCAACAGAAGUGACUGA